GAACCAAUGAUAAUGCUAGAUUCCCGGAUGGCGCUGAGCGUUUUAAGCCUUAUUUUCAUAAUGACAGAAUAAACAGUCACAGUUACGCGAGAGUCUGCAAUACAGAAGGAACGUUCAUGGCUAUCGCAGAAGUGAAGGACAUGGCGGCGGAGGAUGUUUCAGUGACGGAAAAGGGAGAUCGUGAUCUCAUAGACAUCGUCAACGAGCUGCAGAAUAAACUGGCCGCCAGUGGGCACAGCUUGGACGUCUCCUUGCCUCAGAUCGUGGUAGUUGGCUGUCAAAGCGCAGGCAAAAGCAGCGUGCUUGAAAACUUCGUCAAAAGGGACUUUCUGCCUCGUGGAUCUGGAGUCGUUACUAGAAGACCAACAGUUGUGCAACUGCAACCAACUUCAGGAGAAGUGUUGAAGUUGACACUGGUGGAUCUUCCUGGAAUGAUCAGGAUUGCAGUAAGUGGUCAGUCCGAGGACAGUAUCAACCAAAUUCAAGAAAUGGUACUGAACUACAUCAGUCAACCAAACUGCCUCAUCCUAGCCGUGACCCCAGCCAAUCAAGAUAUUGCCAAUUCGGAUGCUCUAAACAUAGCAAAAGUUGCCGAUCCUGAACGAGAGAGAACUAUUGGAGUUUUGACUAAGCUGGACUUGAUGGACGAAGGGACAGACGCUAGAGAUAUCUUAGAGAACAAGAUAAUACCACUCAAAAGGGGUUAUGUUGGUGUUCUGAAUCGAAGUCAAAAAGAUAUCGAUGAAGGCAAAGAUGUCAAAUACAUACUGGAUAAGGAAAGAAAAUUCUUCGAAAGUAAAGAAUAUUAUAAGCACAUAGCUCACAGGAUGGGAACACCCUAUCUCCAACAGCUGUUGCAAAAGACCUUGCGCGCCCAUAUCAAAGCCUAUCUGCCUACUGUUAGGAACGAGCUGGCCAAGAAGUUGAUUCAUUACACAAAGGAACUAGAGGACUUCAAGAACAGCACUGAAGGAGGAGUAAACGGAAAACAGUUUUAUGUAAUCAAACUGAUCCAGGAAUUCAUCGAUGACGUAACCAUUAAACUCAUGGGAUAUUCGGAGCUUGUGAGCGUGGAGAAAGUCUCUGCUGGGGCUCUGAUCCAAUUCAAACUCUACACGGAAAUCCAGAAAAACCUCAAACUUAAUUUAGAGGCACGAAAAGAACAGUUGGUUAUGCUCACUGUAAACAUGCUGGCAUUAAGGGCAGAAAUAGUUGCACCAACUGCUGGAACGACAAAAUUUUGGGAUUGCAAUGAUGCAGAAGAGGACAUCGCGACGGCAGACGCAGGGGCUGUGGCAGCGAAGCUGUUUCGGAACGAGCGAAUGGAAAAAUCAGUGAGUUACAUGACGGAUAUAAUCAAGAGAUACCUUGAAAUAGUUCAAAAGGCUAUGGGAGAUGUAGCCAUCAAAUACACUGUCUAUUUCCUAGUCAAGAAGGUACAUGUAUCAAGUUUGACCUCAUACCAACUCUUGUCGAUUCGGCAAACAUUAACUCUUUGACGGAAGACUGUGAUGACGAAUUCCGGAGGAAAGAGGAAAUAACUUCUACGUGCGCUUGUCUACAAGAAGCUCUUGAUGCCAUUCAAUCUUUUUAAUAUUUUUAAGCCUUUUCUAACGAUGAUAUUUAUUUUUUCUUUUGUUGUUCUAAACUUUUACAUUUUCUUUUAAUUCUAGGCUAUUAUAGUUUUUAUUAUUGCGAAUAUCAUGAAUAAUAAAUUAAAUGUAAAAUAUGAAAAUCUGAUCAGUUCCACGUGAGAUUAAUUGAAGGAAAAUUAAUCUACCUGCCAUCAACGAAAAUUCAUAAAAUGCCACUUUAGAUCUAAAAGUUCAGGUUUCCCUCCCUAAAUUAUAUCUUAAAAGUGUAGAAAAAUAAACUGUGUCCCUGUCAACCGUGUUUUUAUUUAUGCAAUGUAUUUUCGAUAUCAGGAUGCUUUUAUGAUUUCUUGUUUAUGUAUUUUAUAAGUAAGUUUUUAACGCUGUGAAUUAAUAAAAUGACUCAAAUUUU